AUGUCGCAAACUGUUCUAGAGAAACAAGAUGACCUGGCCCUCGAGGGCAAGGCUGAUGUCGACCACUCCGAGGUUCUCAAGAACUCGGAUCUCAUGAACGAUGCCUUUGAUGGCGAGAACCGCGAACAUGAGUUGGGCGUGUGGGAGGCUACCAAGAAGCAUCCUUGGGCUUGCUUCUGGGCAUUCAUUAUGUGUUUCACGAUUGUUAUGGAGUCAUUCGACAUGUUCUUGAACGGCAACUUUGUCGCCCUCCCAGCUUUCCAGAAGCACUACGGUGUCUACGUUGAAGGAUCCGGCUAUACCAUCCCGACAAAGUGGCAGAGUGCCCUGUUCCAAGCCGGUCAAUGCGGUGCAUUUGUCGGCGUCUUCAUGGCUGGUCCCAUCACCAACUAUCUUGGAUACCGCUGGACGACAAUCUUGGGCUUGAUGCUUAUGAAUGCUACGAUUUUUGUCUCCUUCUUUGCCAACUCCCUCGCCCUUCUCGUGGUCGGACAAGCGCUGGAAGGUGUACCAUGGGGUUUCUUCAUCGCAAACGCACCCGCCUACGCCUCCGAGAUUGUCCCUCUUGCCCUCCGAGGUGCCUGCACGGCAACUCUGCAGAUGAGUUGGUCCAUCGGCUCAAUCAUCGUCGCCGGUGCCACCUAUGCCUACAACAAGCGCAACGACCAGUGGGCUUGGAGAGUCCCUCUGGCCCUGCAAUGGGUCUUUCCCACCCCCCUCCUGAUCCUCGUCUUCCUCGCCCCCGAGUCCCCAUGGUGGCUCAUCCGCCGCGGCCGCAAGCAAGAAGCCCUCCGAUCCAUCGAGCGCCUCGGCACCGACUCCAAGGAACAGGCCCAAAAGUCUCUUGCCAUGAUGGAGCGUACCGUCGAGAUCGAAGCACAGACUGGUGGUUCUCCCAGUCUUCUCGACCUUUUCAAGGGCACCGAUUUGAGACGAACCAUUAUUACCUGCUUGAUGUACGCGUCGCAGAACUUUGCUGGUAACUUGAUUGCCAACCAGGCCACUUUCUUCUUUGAGCAAGCCGGAGUCGACUCCGACCGUGCCUUCCAGCUCAACCUGAUCAACGCGUGCCUUCAGUUCAUCGCCAACAUCAUCUCCUUGCCCGUCAGCGGUUGGUGGGGGCGUCGCACCAUCUAUCUCUGGGGCACAGCCGUCAACGUUACCCUGCUAUUCCUCCUCGGCAUCUGUGCCUCCAUCCCGCAGAACAACGCGACCAAUUACGCCCAGGCCGUUCUCGGCAUCCUCAUCUCCUUCGUCUACGCCGGAGCCCUGGGUCCCACCACAUACACUGUCAUUGCCGAGACAUCUUCAGUCCGUCUUCGUGCUCUGAGCACCGGUGUCGGUCGUGCGGCUUACUACAUUGCCGAGAUCCCCAUGAUCUACCUGGCGUCGCAACUUCUCAACCCAACUGGAUGGGAUCUCGCUGGCAAGUGUGGAUAUGUCUGGGGAGGUACAGCCGUCGUGUGCUUCCUUUCGGCCUUCUUCUUCCUUCCUGAGCUCAAGGAUCGCACGUAUCGUGAGACAGAUAUCCUGUUCAACCGCAGGAUUCCUGCCAGGAAGUUCAAGUCGACUGUCAUUGAUGUUAGAGACAACGAAUAG